AAGUGUGAGAUUCCAUCUGUACGAUUGUGACCUUUUGUGCCUGUGCGGCGCUGUGCGUGUGGGUGUGAUCGUACGUCCGGUGGUGGGUGUGUCAUUGUGACUGAUUAUGCGCGGAGCUCUGUGUGCAGGUGUCACUGUGGGUAUCCUCGUUGGAGGUGUGUGAUUGUGACAAUACGCGGCGCCGUGUGUGUAGAUGUGACUGUUUAUCCGUGGGUGAUUGUGUGUGUUCUUAUAACUUUGUGCGAUAGUGUGUGUGUGUGUGGCGGGGGCGUGUAGAGACUGUUUAUUACGUGGCUGUGAUUGAGGGCUGCGUGUUUGCGAUUGAGGCUGUGUGAAUGUUAGCAGCACUAAACGUACUGGAUGCCUGUGACUGUGAGGAUGUGUGAGUGCGAUCAUCCAACUGUUUGUGGCCCUCUGUGUGCAUUUGGAGGGUGUCUGUAAUUGUGCCAGGGUGACAGUGUGCUGAUGUGUGAGGUCAGGACAAAUUUUGUUGUUGGACAGCAGACUUUUCUCCUUCGGACACCUAGAAUGCUCAAGAUAUCCUCACCUCUCUCCACGGGUGGUAGGUGUGGGUCCAAAGCUAACACUGAUCUAAUGAGUUCGGGCCACGAGAAAAACCUGGCAUCUCUUGAUUUCUUUCUCCUUCUUCAGCUCUGCUUCUCAGAGAGGCCCUCAGAAGAAGGAGGAAUGGCUGUCGACCAAACCAAAUGCAAGGAAUCAGUGAUGUUCAGGGAUGUGGCUGUAGAUUUCUCUCAGGAGGAGUGGGAAUGCCUGGACCCAGCUCAGAGGGACUUGUACAGAGAUGUAAUGCUAGAGAACUACAGCAAUCUGCUGUCAGUGGGACUUUACAUACCUAAGCCCCAAGUUAUCUCCUUAUUGGAACAAGGGAAAGAGCCCUGGAUGGUUGGCAGAGAGCUGACUAGAGGUCUGUGUUCAGAUCUGGAAUCAAUGUGUGAAACCAAGUUAUUAUCUUUAAAGAAGGAAGUUUAUGAAAUAGAAUCAUGCCAGAGGGAGAUAAUGGGACUUACAAAGUAUGGCCUUGAGUAUUCUCAUUAUGGAGAUGUUUUGGAAUAUGGCAGCCACCUUGAAAGACAACUGGGAUAUCAAAAUGGGCAUUUCAGCCAAGAAAUAUUUACUCAUGGAUACAUGCCUACAUUUAUUCAACAGACAUUCUUUACUCUACAUCAAAUAAUUAAUAAUGAAGAGAAACCCUAUGAAUGUAAGAAAUGUGGGAAAGUCUUUAGUCAGAAUUCACAAUUUAUUCAACAUCAGAGAAUUCAUAAUGGUGAAAAAUCCUAUGAAUGUAAGGAAUGUGGGAAAUUCUUUAGUUGUGGCUCACAUGUUACUCGACAUCUGAAAAUUCAUACUGGUGAAAAACCCUUUGAAUGUAAUGAAUGUGGAAAGGCCUUCAGUUGUAGCUCAUACCUUUCUCAACAUCAGAGAAUUCAUACUGGUAAGAAACCCUAUGAAUGUAAGGAAUGUGGUAAAGCCUUUAGCUAUUGCUCAAAUCUUAUUGACCAUCAGAGAAUUCACACUGGUGAAAAACCCUAUCAAUGUAAAGUAUGUAGGAAAGCCUUUACCAAGAGCUCACAACUUUUUCAACAUGCAAGAAUUCAUACAGGUGAGAAACCCUAUGAAUGUAAGGAAUGUGGCAAAGCUUUUACUCAGAGCUCAAAGCUUGUUCAGCAUCAGAGAAUUCACACGGGUGAGAAACCCUAUGAGUGCAAGGAAUGUGGCAAAGCCUUUAGUAGUGGCUCAGCACUUACUAAUCACCAGAGAAUUCACACUGGGGAAAAACCCUAUGAUUGUAAGGAAUGUGGCAAAGCUUUUACUCAGAGCUCACAGCUUCGACAACAUCAGAGAAUUCAUGCUGGUGAGAAGCCCUUUGAAUGUCUUGAAUGUGGAAAAGCAUUUACUCAGAACUCACAACUUUUUCAACAUCAGAGAAUUCAUACAGAUGAAAAACCUUAUGAAUGUAAUGAAUGUGGAAAGGCUUUUAAUAAAUGUUCAAACCUUACUAGACAUCUGAGAAUUCAUACUGGUGAAAAGCCCUAUAACUGUAGGGAAUGUGGGAAGGCAUUUAGUAGUGGCUCAGAUCUCAUUCGUCAUCAGGGAAUUCAUACUGAUGAAUAGUAAUAGUUAAAGCUCUCGUUAUCUUCCUAAUAUGUUAAACAAAAAAUAAUGUUGGAGAAUUACCUUUCACUAUUUUUGUUUCAUGUGUGUGUAUGUGUAUGUGUGUA